AUGAAUUCGACACUCAUAGCUCGUAUCAAGGAUCAUUGCAGAACAAGAGGCUUCUACAUACAAGAUGAACUUAAUCCAUACAAUAGGAAACAAAAUGGUGUAGCUUCUCUCAUUGGAUUUCGAAGAUUUUUCUCAAACAUCCAAUUUCAAAUCACAGAACAACAAUUUAAUAUGCUUUGCACCGAAUAUGCCGUUCCAAAUGGAAUUGAUGUUGUAAAAUUCUACAAUGACGUAGAAAAUUCAAAUUCCAUUAAAGAUUUGCAACAUACAGAUACAUUGAGCGUAAUCCCCGAAUUAAAGAAACUUAAAAAUCAUCUUGCAGGAAUGAGGACCACUCUUCGAGAUCUUUUGAGUAAUUUCGACCCGAAUUUCAAAGGAUACGUUUCCCCUGACAGCUUUUACAGGCAACUCGGCUUCGGCAACGAUAUCAAAAAGAUCGUUCAUAAAUACAUGAAUGAAUCAACUGGAGGCGUUUCUUAUCUCUUAAUUCAAAAAGAUAUCGAUAAUAUUGACACCAUAUUUAAGCCCGAGAAACCUGAUUUAAAGGAGAUAGCUGCAAACAUUGACAGAGCUCGCUUCGACAUUGCAUAUGCACUUUCUCAGUUUGAUCGUUCAAGAUGUGGAAGAAUUGCAUCUGAUCAAUUCGUUUCAUUAAUACACGACUUUUGCCAUGACAUAUCUCCAAUUGUUUCGUUCUAUACUGACUGCGAUGGCUAUAUCAAUGUAAGAGACUUUUUGAACGAUUUAAUGUCAGUAACUAAACAAAUUCAAACAACUCAACUUACAAGCAACUCUAUCAAGACCAAGCAGCCAGUUUCGAACCCAGAAGAAACAAUAGAUUACUUGAAACAGCAAUUAUAUCUCCGACACAUUCAUCCAAAAUUUUAUUUUGGCGAAAGGUCAAAUGAAAAAUAUUUACCAAUGCCUCUUUUCUGCCACAUUAUCUCCCAAAUGAAAAUUUUUAUCAAUCAAUCUGAUAUUCUUCCACUUGCAGAACAUUUCAAUACUCCUAAUGGUGUUGAUCUCCAAUCUUUCUUACAGCGCUUUGAUAUGCCUCAAAAAGGUGCUCCAACAGCUCGAAUUUCUGACUUGCGCGAUUAUCUUCUCAAAACUCACCAACGAUUUUCAUAUUUAGCAGCCAGAAGCGAUAGACAGAAAGAAGGCUUCAUUGAUGGAGCCACGCUUCGUACUUUGUUGACGAGAUUACAAUUCUAUUUCACAAGAGAAGACAUUUCCGCGUAUAUUGUUGCUUUUCCCGCUGCCAAUAAGAACUAUUUAGAUUGGAAAGCAUUUUCUGCAGCAGUAGAUCCCCCAGAAAUCGAAACUCCGACUCCACAUUAUUAUGACAGUGCAGAACCAAUCAAACCUCGCACAGAGAGGGCCAAGGCUGAACUUAAAGAUGAAGUUCUUCCUAUCCUCCAGAAGAUAAAUACAGCAGCAAGGAGAUUAUGCGUUUCUAUCGAAGAUGAAUUUACAAGUAAUGAUAGUUUGAAGACAGGACAAGUUUCUGUAAAAUCAUUUUACGAAAUAAUUUCUUUUGCUGAACUUUCGAGCCAAGAACUUCAAAUUUUAAUUCGAAAUUAUCCAGAAGUGAAUUACGUUGAUCUUUGCAAACACCUUAAGUCUGAAAAAGCUCAACCACUUCUUUCUAGUUCUGCAAUAAUAACAAGUGGAAACAAUGCGAAAAUUUACGAAAUGUUAUCACAAUUGAAGUCAAACCUCCAAUAUAACGCAAUAAAUAUCGGAGAUAUCAUCACACCAAACAUGAAUGUCGAACGUGCUACUAAUUUACUCAUGAAAUUCAGUAAAGAUUCUCCAGCAAUUUUAAACAGUUUCAGAGACAAAAGGAGACCAGAAAUUGUCGAUUUAUUUGAACUUCAGAGAGCAUUGGAUAUGACUAAAGCCGCAAAAGCAAAAAUUUUGAAGUGCAAUUUAACAACAUUGAACACUGAACUUUGUGCAAUGAGACAAAAGGCACAAGCAAGAAGAAGAAAGCUUGAUUCAAUAUUCCAGGGAUGCGAACGAUCGAUUUCUGUCGAUGAAUUCAUUAAAAGAUUAAAUUCUUUCUCUAUUUCUCUCGGAAAUAGAGAAUUGGAAAUUAUAAAGGCAAAAUAUGAAUUGGAUGGAGGAAUUGAUUGGAUGUCUCUCUGCAAAGAUGCUGAAAAUUCUCACGCCCACUAA